AUAUUGCUAUUCGUACAAAAUGGACCUAUCCUUUAACUAAAUAUGAUUCUACUAGUAUUGCUAUAGGCCUUAAAAAACUUUUUAACUUCCAAAAAUGUCUGCUUACUUGGUUUAAAAAAGAUUUAAUGAUGAAUAGGGAUGUUGAAUUUCAUAGUAAUAUUAUUAGAUUAAUAAAUAAAUAUGGUAUCAAUAUUCUAAUAACUAAUUCUAAAGAAAAUAUGAAUAUUAUUGAAAGGUUUAAUAAGACAUUACAAGAAUGGUUAUCUAUUAUUCAAGAUACUGUUGAUAUGAGAUUACCUCUAUCAGAACGUUGUUGA